AUGAAUCCCGAGAAUAUCAACAACUUCAACAACUUCAACUACACCACCAACACCAUCAAUGGGGAGUAUUGCUAUUCCUGCCAGCAUUACCUACCUGCAGGUAUGCAAUGGCAUUUCCACGCUAGCACUGAUAUACAUAAAUACAACUCUAUCCGUCCGGUGGAUGGAAGAAUCAAGCAGAUUGUGAAUGGGUACAAGGGACGUAUUCUCCAAUACAUGUUUGAGAAUGAGGGAGCGGAUGAAUCUGAUAAAAUAAUUGGACCACUUUACUGCGAUGGAGUGGAAAUGAGAAUCCACAUUAAUUUAUUAUUCGUCGACGGACCAACGGCGGGUAUUCAUGGACACUAUGUAUGGAUUAAAAAUAUUUCAUCUCUACUUGCCAAACAACUGGGUAAACAUCGAGUUAAGCGUUGGUUCUGUAAUCAAUGCUUACAAUACUCAACGAGUGAGGAGAGGGCGGCUCAACAUACAUUGAGAUGUAGUCGGGUGGUUACCGAGGGACCAAGGAAGGAUCAGAAGAUUAGCUUUAAAAACCAUCAUCGUCAGUUGGAGGUUCCGUUCGUCGUGUAUGCAGACUUUGAAUGUAUAUUGGAACCAGUAUCAUUAGAUGUAAGUGUAAACACGAAAAUUAUUAAUAAGCAUGUGCCAGUAGCAUUUGCAUACUACAUAAAGUGUGCAUUUGACUCUGGCUUAGAUAAGUUUGUUUCGAAGACAGGAGGUGAUGUCGCUCGCACUUUCAUUAAAAAUUUAACGUCAGAUUUGUCCGAUUUGUAUGAGAACCACAUGAAAAUAGUGGUUCCAAUGCACAUGACUCAUAAUGAGUUAGAUAAUUUUAGGAAAGCGACCAUUUGCCACAUAUGUAAGGGUAUUUUAAAUAAUGAUAGAGUGAAAGAUCAUUGUCAUUUUACAGGUAGAUAUAGAGGUGCAGCCCAUAAUUCCUGUAAUCUUAAUUACAAGACGGGUGAUUUUAUCCCCGUAUUCUUUCACAAUUUCUCCAAAUACGAUUCUCAUUUGUUUGUUAAAGAACUUGGAGAAAUUGAGGGGGAAAUAAAAGUUAUUCCUUUGAAUAAGGAAUUGUAUAUUUCAAUUUCUAAAUAUCUCCCUCUAAGGAAAAAUACGCUAGAAAUCAGGUUUUUGGAUACUAUCAGAUUCAUGCCCUCUAGUCUAGACACACUCGCGGGGAAUUUGAGUGAGGAGAAUUUCAAUGUGCUGAAAUCACAGUACAAAAACAAGUCCGAUUUUGAACUACUUCGCAGGAAAGGAGUUUUCCCAUAUGAAUAUUUAGAUUCUGUUGAAAAACUAGAUGAAACUUCUCUCCCACCAAGAUCCAAGUUCUAUAGUAAUUUAACAGAGUCAGAAUGUUCAGAAGAGGAUUACGCUCAUGCCAUCCAAGUAUGGUAUCAUUUUAAUUGUCGUUCAUUGAAGGAAUACUUAGAAUUGUAUUUGAAAACUGAUGUUUUAUUGUUAACAGACGUUUUCCAAAAUUUUAGGGCAAUUUGUUCUUCAAUUUACAAUCUUGACCCAGCCCAUUAUUAUACUACACCAGGAUUAAAGAGCAUCUGCAACAACGUUAGAGGUUCCUGGCUUAUAUCGGAGCUCAUGGUUGUACUCUUCAAGGUAGCUUUUCCACCUUUUGAGUUUACCGUUGUGGUUUUUGUUGCUCAGCGCGAAGGUGAGUGGCUGGUGAUCAGUAUGAAUAAUAACUUUGGAAGUACCGUAAAGGUACAUGCGUAG